AUGAAAAACCCGAGCUUUACCUGGGAAAAGUUGCAAGAUGUAUACUAUCGAAGCAGAAAUCUUAGUGAUUUGAAAUGGCCUGCUCAAAGCGGCGUUAAGCAUGCUAUGUCAACGACUCUUAUAGCUAUAGAGCUGGAAGAAGUGUUACAAAUUUACGAUUAUCAAGGCCAUCUCGAAGGAAAUCUGAAUAAAAGGGACUUUCCUGAUAUCUUAACGUUCGAAUUCGAUCAGGAUGAGAAUCUAGUCGUGGUGAUGCCCGAGGCUGUUGUUAACAUUAACAAUUGGUCUCCGUUAGAAUUCACCAGGACACCUCUACCGGAAGACUUGCAAGAUAUUAUAUGGGACUACAAGAAGGGACUCGUUAUAACCAGACAAAAACAGGACGUGUACACACAUCGAGACAAUACAUUCGAAUUGGUCUGCAAGAAUGAGGGCCAAUACACACUCCUCACUAAGAGUCACUGGAACGCCAAUAACCAGAAGGCCGUUUUACUAGAUGUCAAUCAUGUCUUUGAAUUGGAUAUUGAAGGAAGAAUUCUGAAAAAGGCUCUCCCGGAAUCACAGUGGCAUAAGGUCUUUAUCUCUCCAAAAGGUUUGGUGUGCAUUUAUAGUGCCAAAUUCAAUAAGUUCCAGGUCUAUUCAGAUCCUAGUAGAGUUUUGCUGGAGCAUUCACUGGACGAGACUCCGCAAGACCUAAGAUGGUGUGGCGAUGAUUCCGUCGCUUGCUCAUUUUCCGAUGAAGUUAGACUUUACGGGCCCAAUAACUCCUAUGUUACCUUUUGGUACCCAAACGAGAUUACAGCAUUGUACACCGAGUCUGACGGCUUAAAAGUUUUUACCGAAGAGGACAUUAAAUUCAUUUCGAGAGUUCCAGAAUACACGUCCAAUGCAUUCCGCGUAGGCUCCACAGAAUCUGCUGCAAUUCUUUUGGACUCCUUGGAAUUACUCGACACUAAUAUAUCGAGGGCGAUUGAGAAUCUGAAGAUCAUAGACCUGGAAAAAGCUGUACGAGAUUGUCUCAACUCUGCUGAAGAAGAGUUUGAUCCGUAUUUCCAGAAAAAGCUACUGAAUGCUGCGUCAUUUGGGAAGGCCUCCCUUCCAUACAAAUCCUUCGACUCAAAUGUGUUUGUGCAGGCUUGUGAUACAAUAAGAUUAUUGAACUUACUGCGCGGCAUAAGGAUCUUCCUGACACUUCCUGAGUUCAAAGAAAUGACAAUAAAUGGGCUCAUUAACAGGCUCUUAGUGCGACACAAGCACUAUCAAGCGAUUUUAAUAUGCAAAAUAACUGAUAAUAAAUCAUUGCUUCCCCAUAUUUUCUCUUCCUGGUCGAUAACGAAGAUACACUUAUCGCCAGACCUUGAAGACGACGAGCUUUUGAAACAGAUUAAGCUGAGACUUUCAGAAGUACCCAUCCGCAUUGAGGGUCACCUAGCAAAUGUAGCGCAUGCUGCAUUUUUGGAAGGUAGAUUUCGCUUAGCUCGGGAGUUGGCGCUACUAGAGUGCUCACUAGACUUAAAGAUAUCGGAACUGCUUGACCUCGAUGAUGAUAGCUUGGCCCUAUCUGAGUCCUUAAAGGCCAUGUGUCCCGAACUUACUCUUUCUUUAUUGCUGAACUUGCGAUCAAGGCUUACAAAAUCCCAGCUCACUAAACUUUUGAUAAUGAAUAUGCGUACCGAGCAACUUUAUCCCUACUUUCAAAGAAGAGAUCAGGCUUUUUUGUUCGACUACUACCGACAGGAGGAUCGAUUUACUGACUUGGCUCAACUUUUGCUGAACCAAGGAAAACAACAUGGAAGUGUCAGGAGUUUUUUGCCUCAAGUACAAGAGCUAUACAGUAAAGUUAUGAAUGAUGCCCUAAUUAAGCAAGAUACAGAAUUGAUACAAAGGCAAGAGAAAUUGUGGCUUUAUCAAGAGAGCCUGAGUACGAAAUUCGGUCACGAUUUCAUUGAACUGACACUUGAUGAGACCUUAUACAAAUUGCUUGAUUUGAAGCAGGAGAGGCAGGCUCAAGAUCUGGUGAAAAAGUUUAAGGUUAGUGACAAGAAACUUUACCAUGUGAAAUGUAAAUGUCUCGUAAACAAAAAGGCCUUUGACGAGUUGUAUGAUUUUGCCAUAACCAAAAAAUCUCCAAUAGGCUAUCAGCCUUUCUAUGAUUACCUCAGAAGAAGUGGGUAUAGUGGAGAAGCUGUCAACUACGUUAGUUUGAUAUCAGGUACAACAUACGAGCAAAAGAAGGAAAUGUACAUACAAUGUAAGGGAUAUUAUGAGGCCAUGCAGCUGGCAGGAAAGGAGAAAGACAUACCGGGCUUGAAAGAAUUGUACAAGUUGAUUCCAGCAAAUGAACCUCGACUUAAAGCCCAAAUAAACGAAAUAAUGAGUAAAAUUUAA